GCGGCCCCGGCGCUUUUCUCCGCGCGAACAGAGAGAGGCGGCAGCCGCUUCUUCAGUCCCCUGAGUUCGCUCCAGCCGCUCGCCCGCCACCGCCCCCUCGGCGCGGACCUCGCACUGCCUAGGACUCACUCAGCCUCCGGGUAGCCGAGAACUUUGCAACUUUUCAGAGACUGCAUCUUAACGAUAUUUACAAGAAAUCCGCUCUCAGAGUUACGUCAGUCGUUUGAGGUGGAAACUACCCAGAUUUCAGGAGUAAAAGUUUUCAGGUUGCCGUCUUCAGAAUGAUUCCCUGUAGAGCAGCGCUGUCUUUUGCCCGAUGUCUGGUCCGGAGGAAAAUCGUCACUCUGGACAGUUUAGAAGAUACCAAACUGUGUCGCUGCCUGUCCACCGUGGACCUCAUCGCCCUGGGGGUGGGCAGCACGCUGGGCGCUGGGGUCUACGUGCUGGCCGGGGAGGUGGCCAAAGCGGACUCUGGCCCCAGCAUUGUGGUCUCCUUUCUCAUUGCUGCCCUAGCUUCCGUGAUGGCAGGUCUUUGCUACGCGGAAUUCGGGGCCCGAGUUCCCAAGACUGGGUCUGCCUACUUGUACACUUACGUCACUGUUGGAGAACUGUGGGCCUUCAUCACUGGCUGGAAUCUCAUUUUAUCUUAUGUGAUAGGAACAUCAAGUGUUGCAAGGGCGUGGAGUGGCACUUUUGAUGAACUUCUUAGCAAGCAAAUCGGUCAGUUUUUCCGGACAUACUUCAAAAUGAAUUAUACUGGCCUUGCAGAGUAUCCAGACUUCUUUGCUGUGUGCCUUAUAUUACUUCUUGCAGGUCUUUUAUCUUUUGGAGUGAAAGAGUCUGCUUGGGUGAAUAAAAUCUUCACAGCUGUCAAUAUCCUGGUGCUUCUCUUUGUAAUGGUUGCUGGGUUUGUGAAAGGAAAUGUGGCAAACUGGAAGAUUAGUGAAGACUUUCUCAAAAAUAUAUCUGCAAGUGCCAGGGACCCACCUUCUGAAAAUGGAACAAGCGUCUAUGGGGCUGGUGGCUUUAUGCCUUAUGGCUUUGCAGGAACUUUGGCUGGGGCUGCAACCUGCUUUUAUGCCUUUGUGGGAUUUGACUGCAUUGCAACAACUGGUGAGGAAGUCCGGAAUCCUCAGAAGGCUAUUCCUAUUGGAAUUGUGACUUCCCUGCUCGUUUGCUUUAUGGCCUAUUUUGGGGUCUCGGCAGCUUUAACACUGAUGAUGCCGUACUACCUCCUGGAUGAGAAAAGCCCGCUUCCUGUGGCCUUCGAGUACGUUGGAUGGGGGCCAGCCAAAUACGUCGUUGCAGCAGGCUCCCUCUGCGCUUUGUCAACAAGGUACAUCUCUUCUUGGAUCCAUUUUCCCAAUGCCUCGUGUAAUCUAUGCUAUGGCGGAGGAUGGGUUGCUUUUCAAAUGUCUAGCUCAAAUCAAUUCCAAAACGAAGACACCAAUAAUUGCUACUUUAUCAUCGGGUGCAGUGGCAGUCUUCUGGGUUCCAUGUUUCCUUUACCCCGAAUUCUGUUUGCCAUGGCCCGGGAUGGUUUACUGUUUAGAUUUCUUGCCAGAGUGAGUAAGAGGCAGUCACCAGUAGCUGCCACACUGACCGCAGGGGUCAUUUCUGCUGUGAUGGCGUUCCUGUUUGACCUGAAGGCCCUCGUGGACAUGAUGUCCAUUGGGACACUUCUGGCCUACUCUCUGGUCGCGGCCUGUGUUCUCAUCCUCAGGUACCAGCCCGGCUUAUCUUACGAGCAGCCCAAGCAUUGUUCUGAGAAAGAAGCUCUGGGGUCGUGUGCCAACAGAACCUCCAAAAGCGAGUCUCAGGUCACCAUGCUGCCAGGACAGGGCUUCAGCCUGCGAACCCUCUUCAACCCCUCGCUUCUGCCCACAAAACAGUCUGCUUCUCUCGUCAGCUUUCUGGUAGGAUUCCUGGCAUUCCUCAUCCUGGGCCUGAGUGUUCUGACCACGCACAGCGUCCACGCCAUCGCCAGACGGGAAGCGUGGAGCCUGGCUCUCCUGGUGCUGUUUCUCGUUCUCUGUGCCGCCAUUGUGCUCAUCAUCUGGAGGCAGCCCCAGAAUCAGCAGAAAGUCGCCUUUAUGGUUCCAUUCUUACCGUUCCUGCCAGCCUUCAGCAUCCUGGUGAACAUUUACCUGAUGGUCCAGUUGAGUACAGACACCUGGAUCAGAUUUAGCAUCUGGAUGGCGCUUGGUUUCCUGAUUUACUUCGCUUAUGGCAUUAGACACAGCCUGGAGGGUAAUCCGAGGGAUGAAGACGAUGAUGAAGAUAUGUAUUCAGACAACAUUAACGCAGCAACAGAAGAAAAAUCUGCCAUGCAAGAUGGUGACGAUCACCAAAGAAACCUGAGCUUACCUUUCAUUUUCCACGAAAAGACAAGCGAGUGCUAGUGCCUGCUGGGACAGAACUGGUCCAGAGUCUUCACGUACAUAGUCUGCAUGGAGGGAACCAUGACGACGUCAUCACCACACCAGGUUGUCAUGGAUUUGCUGCAGACAUAGUUCACCCUAAUUUAUACUCACUCACCUGAACAGCACCUCCUCUGACGGUGACUCACACAUCUAGGGAAACCACUCUGAGCUCUCUCCUCCAUGAGAAAUAUCCCCCAGAUAGUGGGAAUGUGGGCGUGUGUGUGCAUAUGUUUGUAUACGUUGGGGAAUAUCAAUGUUAAAAGUUGUUGGUGUCUUACUCUUAUCACAUUGCAUUUGUCCAGUGUUGUCAUUCAUCUGUAGCCUCUACUGCCCACACUGAAAUGGAGGUGAUCACUGAAUAGAAAAGUAUCUUGAAUGUGCUGGGUGUGGUUGGGGAAAUAACUGUUGCUUUUCCUUAUUGGACUUUAUGUCAAGUUAGAACAUCCUAAAAUUGCGUUUACCCAUCAUUGUAUCUGUCAUUGGUCUGGAGUAAGGGGAGGGGAUAGGAAAUGAGCCUUUUCUGUAGCUUAUAAAUGUCGGGUUUAGUACAGAGUUUUCUUCUGUGAGGUGUGACAGUUUGCUGAAAGUUCAGCCAGUCAGAUUGCUGGUGUCUAGUACCCGCAGGGCAGGAGCGGCCUUCUGUGUCAGCAGGUGGCAGGCACCCCUCUGAAUGGCCGUCUUCUUUGAGACAGCGGUCCUUGAAUGUGAGGCCUUCACCUUGUGUGAAUGCUGUCUUCCCCACUCCCCCACCCCGCCCCAGUCCAGUCAGGGGCUGGAGAGAGCCAGUGUGAACUCCGAGGGACCCUUUGUGAAAGUGAAAGGUGGAAGUGAAGGUGGUCCCCAUGGGCAGGAAGCUCGUGUAAGUGGCAGAGAGGAGGACGCAUUUGAAGAUCAGAGUAGUUAGGUGCUUGGAUAAGACCCCAAACACCCCUGUUUUAAAAGUCACUUAAAAUAAGCCAGUAGAACCUCCCAGAUCACAUAAUUGGUGGAAUGAUUUAUACCUUUUUCCAUUAGUUAAUAAAUAAUCACAGUUCACAAUUUAUUUAGGGUUUUUUUUCCCUAAACCAGUAGUAAAUUCUGUCUUUACUACAUGCAAAAAGGGGGGGGGGGGGGAAAUGAAGGAAUACAAGAAAAUUCCCCUGUUCUGAUUUUAAAGUCCCUGUUCAGUUAUUAAAGGGCAUUUGGCCCAAUAUGAGGGGUUUGGAUUUAAUUUGCUUCUGAUGUUUCUUUUGGAAACAUUUAGGGAUAUUUUUCUUCCCCAUCCCAUAAAUUGUUCAGCACUUUUUAUUUCAUUUAUUUUUAAAUGACCACACUAAAACUACUGAUGCAAGUUCCAGUAUUCUAGAAAAACCCAUCAGUGGUUGAGGAAUAGAAUAUUUUAGUUAAAUACAUGAUUAUUUAAAACAUCAAGCCAAAAAAUUAACCUAAUUGAAUUAAAGCCAUAGAAACACAUUAACCUUUAUACGAGUAAUUUGUUUUUAAAUGUAUGAUUCUCAAAUUACUGUAUUUCAUUUUAUAGGGUUAUCUAAUAAGUGGACUACUUAUCUUCCGUGUGUUUCGCUUCUCAUGAAUUACUUUUCUUACAAAUAAUUACAUGGUUCACUAGAUGAGACUAGCACAUUAUCAAGCCCAGGUGACCAGCUUAAGACAAAGGCAAGGAAAACACUUACUUUCUGACAGCUCUUCCAAGAGAUCAGCCAUUUUAUUUUCGUCAUUCAAAAGCAAGUUUUGAUUGUUUAGGAGUUUAUUGUGAUGAAAAAUCCAGUAAACAGGAAAGUCUGGGUGCUAGUGUUGUAGCAUCUCGGAUCUAGAACUCAGAACUAACAUUCCACAAUUUCCAGGGUGCACAUAGUAAAAUCUGAGGCCCAGUAUUGCAUGUUUUACUGGAGAGGAAGAGUUGGCUGUGCAAGAGGUGAAGUAUUUCUGUAAUCAUUACUGUGGGCCUAAUCCUAGAUCCUUGCUGUUGCUGCAGCAUUCUGAGAAGCACUUUGAUUUGGUAAUCAGGCCCUGCACAUGGGAAUAUGAAAAUUUCACGUGUGAAUAUUAAACCUUUUACUGUAGCACAAUCAAGAAUUUAUCUAGAACAUAACAGGCAGCUAAAACUAUUAUGCCCACUGUUUUCAAUUAGGAGCAGAAUUGAGUUAAAAAUAAUUUUUCCACCUUGAAACACUUUACAAACACAAAUGUCUAUGAAAGAUGCUUUGUUCAUGACUAUCCUUUUUUUCUGUGAAAACUCAAAUAUCUUUGUAUGUAUGUGUGAGUGUAUAUGUUAAUAUAUACACAUGUAUAUAUAUGUGUGUUUGUGUGUUUCAAAUGUUGGUGUUUAAGUCAGCUGGGUUUAUGAUGGGCUUUGGAAAUGAUCCUGUUGUCUAGAUUUUAAAAACCCAACUGACAGAAAAAAUGUUUUGUAUUGAUAGGUAGCUAUGCUUAUGCAAAAUGUUUAGGUUUUAAACUAUUUUGAAAUAUAUGGCAAUUUUAUAUGUAUAAUAUUUUCUAUAGAUAGAUUCUUUCAGAAAGAUAUAUUUAUAAUGUUUCUAAUAUGAAAUCGCUGAAGUCUAGUACAUUAGGUGCUUUAUGAUCUGAAAUGCAGUGGGGUGGGGGCAUUAGGGAAUUUCUGUUUACUUUUUUCUGCUGUACCUUUUCUGACAUUUCUGUCUUGGUUUGUGCUUUUUUAGGAAAAGUCAGCACUACCAGGUCUUUUACUAUCUCUCUGUUCCUACAUUUGAAUUCACAACCUUUUGAACAAAAUGUUGUUUUUGCUUUCUUAGGAUUGCCAAAAUGUUCUUUGUGGAUUUUACUAGUAAUCAGACACACUUAUAUAAACUUCUUUCCAGAAAUUAAAAAAAUACAUAUGUAUUCUCUUAAUUGUGAUUGAGUUAAAAACAGCUUAAAUUACUUUUCUUUUUUUUGCACUAGAAAAUCUGCUCUCUGAACAUUUUCAGUGAGAAACUUCUUAUAAUAGCACUUUUAUUUUAUACUCUUAUGAUUUGUGAAUAACGACACAAAGGCCAUACCGACCCUACAUUUAACAAGGUAGCUACGCAAGUCCAAAUUUAAAAACUAUUUAAACUACUUAUAUUAGGACUUUUGAUAUAUACUGAAAUACAGAUUAUUGCUUAAUUAAUGCCAUUUUCCCCAGAGAUGAAUAUCUAGAAAAGUAAGACCAAAACAUCAUUUGGAAUAUAUACAUUAAUGAAAAACUAAUGUAUCUAUAAAACCUUCUAUUGCCACACUUGAUAGAAAAUGUCUGUUUCAGAAUUAUCUGUUUCCUUUAAAAGACAAGACCCUAUCUUCUUUUAAUUUUUCUGAAUAAAGGAUUUUUUAAAGUUUAAAAUUUUAAAAUAUUUUCCAAGUCCUGGGCAUGUUACAAUCUUUUGAAUUAAAAAUUAUAUUUACCAAAUGAUUUUCUAAAUGUAUUUAACUAUUUAGCAGGGGGAAAAAAGGAAUAGUAAUCGCCUGCCAAUGCUGAUAAUGCUGGAGGGACUAGAUUAGUCUGAGCUCUUUUUCCUCUUAGAUCAGCAUAUUCUGAGAUUAUAAACCACAUGACACAGUUGUGCCAAGAUGCCAACUCUUCCUUCCCUGUGAUGUUGCCCAUGAUGUUCUCUGCCUAGGUAUCUGCUGAUACGCUUCAAGCGACAGUAGAAUUCAAACCAGAAAUAUGAAUACAGUGUCCCACCUAAUUUUAAAGGAUUGAGUUUAGAGUGUGCAUCAUGGAAUAUUAAUAUACACGCGCUUCGAUGUCUUGUGGGGGUGUUAUUAGCUUGGUUUUUUGGCUUGGUUUUGAUUUUUGACUAGUGCCAAAAUAGUGCCUUCGCUGUACAUUUUCUACCUAACAUUUUCUAGCUUGUUCUAAAAUAUCAAGGGAAGAAGUACCAAAGUUCACGUAGGAACUAAUGCCAGCACAGGUCAUUGAUUUUCAGACACAAAGAUGUGUGAAAAUAACGUUGUUUGACUUUGUUGUUUAGCAGAGUUUCUUUUUUAUCUCCUUGUAUAAUUAUAUUUAAACAUUUUUUAAUGGCUUUCUGGUUUCUGAAUUUUGAGAGGCCUGAUCUACUGUUGUGGUUGUUGGUUUAGUGGUUGGUUUUUGUAACGUUCGUUAUUGUUUUUAUGUACACAGUCUAGUCUUGUUCAUUUCAAAUGCAUUUUGUUAUGACUCAACCCGAUCAGCAGCCCUGGGAGCACUGUUUUAGCUUUUAUCACCUCAGCUGAGGCCACUGCCGCUGUCUCUGGCUUUCAAGGGCCUUCAGUGACCCCGGACAGCAGCUCCGUGGGGGUCACAACCAGGACCGUGGGGCAGGCAGGCUGCAAAGUGUGAGUGUCUGGAGCUCCAUUUGUUGGGGAGUCUUGGGAUGACAGGACAGGAUAUGAAGUGAAAAACCAAGGUAGUUGGGGUCCUUCGUUUCAGCUCCAAAUAUCCCGUGAGUACAAGGUAAAUGAUGAGGACCAAGGACCCUCUCCGACUCGUGGGAAGGAUGGCUGCUCCCUGGAACUGCGCCAUAGGUCCUGGCCCCUGCGGUUUCUGCACCAGCACAGACAGCCUUGGCGGCGGACGCGCACGGGCCGCGGCCCCGUUGGUAAAGAACCUUGUGUUGCCAGCGUGGCUGGUUUCUCUGGCCCAUGCCUGCUUAUCAGGCUCUUCAUCUUUGGUAUCCAUUUGUCUCAUUGCUUUCUUUUGUUAUCAUUGUACUUAUUAGAAACCGUUGAUAGGGCCUAAAACUCUACCGAAAUUCUGUGUCUGUAAAAACCAACAGAUACUUUGGUCUUACUCAAAUACAGAGAUUUUUUUUUCUGUGUGUAGGAUUGUAGAUAAUUUUAAAUUUACACGUUUUUGAUGAUAAUCAGCGUUCCUUUUUGCUUAUAACAUUGGAUUAUUUUUUAGAAUUUGUAAUAAAUAAAAACUGCUGCUGCUUCACACUGUAACAUGUGCUUUCUAACCAUGUAUUUUUAAAAUAAAUUUCAAUAUGACUUA